AGUCGGCUUUCUUGAGAGAGCUUUUUGAAUUAGAGAGAGCCGCACACGUGGCAGACAGUUAUUGGUUGACAGAAUUCAACAAAAAGAAGGAAAAAAAAAACUUUCAUCUCUUCGGGACAGCUUUCCCAAACUUUCUCUAUGUGCAAAUCCCAGAUUUUUCCAAUUUUGUUGAGUGGAUCCACCUCGAAAAAAUACCGUAUAAGCCAACACUCCUCCCAUUCCUCUGAUUCUUCUUACUCUGAUGCCUCCAGACCUGAAAGAUGUUCUGGAAACUUGAAAGCAAGAUCUUUCCAAGGACAUAAAGAUCAUCUUCUAGUUCCUUGCUGGUUGAUGGGAAAUUGCUUCCAAAGUUGGCUGUUUGCAGGUUUGUUACCUUCCGGCUCUGUCUUGGUAAAUUGGCUAUAACUUUCAAACCGUUAACCUAAACCGUGAUCCGUUUUUUCAUGUGGUUUCGUAUGACUGUUGUUGAUAUUCCCACCAAUUUUUUCAAUUUUCUGGGUUGAGUUGCCACUCCGUUUAUGCUCUGAAUCAAGACAGACGAAAACUAGAGUGAAGGUGAAGGCAAUGCAAAAAAAAGCCGAUGUAGAGAACGAUUGGCAAGAAGAGCUGAAACAAACAGCAAAGCUUUUGAUGUCGACAAAAGUACCUAGUUAAUUGAUCUUUCUUUAUUUUCUGAAAUUAAGUUUUUAGUGAUUUGUUUUUGAAUCUGAAGACUGUAAAAUACAAAUGGUAUUCAACACUUGCCAGUCCAUUGUUACAUGUUAUGGUUUAAUUUCUUGUGCACCAUGUUAUGAGCCUGCACUAUUCAUCCAUUUCUUUUGUACCAUGUUUUGAGCAUGCACUAUUCCUCCAUGUAACCAAAUAAGAUUAAUAUUAUGCAACUUCGAAGCAAA